UCUGUUUCGCGAAGGUGGUGCCACAUAAAUAAAUACCGAACAGUGACUGCGAAAUCAGUUUAUAUUACUGCUCCUGCUGGUUUGUCUAUACUUAGUUUUUAUACUUAGGUAUUCUGAUUAAACAGUGUUUAAGUUUUGAUGGUGAUAUAUGGUAUAUUCGAAACUUGAAGGCUUAGAACACUGUUAACUCCCAAUAAAAUGUUCAGUACAGCACCGGUAUUUCAUUCAAUACCAAAAGAUCAAGUUUUAACAGAGGGAUCUUCUAUAAAUCUUUUAUGCACUGUCCACAGCAAAUCACACUGUUGGUCUGUAUGGGAUAAGAAUGGAACCGUAUAUAUCCCUUCCUACAGAAUAGUUAUCGCCGAAUCAUCCAACACGAAAUGUUUGAAAAUUUCAACAGUAUGUUUGUCAGAUUCUGGAUUGUAUAGAAUUACUGUAGAAAAUAAAUACGGACGUGUAGAGGCUUCUAUAAAUGUAAAGGUGAUAGAAAAUCCAGUUACAAAGGACAUCCUUAACGAGCCGAUAAGAAUAAAACGCCAACUAAUGAUACAUCAGCUAGAUUCCGAUGAAGUUAUACUCGUAGGGCAGUAUCGAAGUACAACGCUGCCUGCCGUAAAAGUUUAUCUGGAUGAUAAAAUACAGCAUGGCAUAAAUAAAGUUCAAAUAACGGCUAACGACCAGGCAGUUAUUCUAAUGAAAGAUAGACCUCCAUUCAAAGCAAAAAGCUAUUGCUGCAUUUUGCAGACUACGUCUGGUAAAACUACAGCCACAGUAGCAUCCGUGAUGGCAAACCGAGAAUCAACUAUAUUACCACCAAGAGUGCUGAACAAUGCAUCAGAGUUUGUUACCUCAUUCGAAGGUUGCGAAACUGAUAUUACGGUCAAAGUUGAAAAUGAAUUGCCUUUUACUUACAUUUGGAAACGAAACGGCGAAAUAAUACAGGAUUGUAAGGAAUUUAGGUAUAUUGAUCAUGGCCAUGGUGUGGUGUCGCUGAGAAUUAUGGAUCCAUUCGUGUUAGAUUCUGGAAUUUACGAAUGCAUUGUUGCGUCCGCUGGAGGAACGUGUCGAGUACAAUCUCGUUUGAAAAUAUUAGAAACUGAUUGUGCCGUUAAAUCGCCACCUCAAAUAUUGAUGUACCCACAAUCAUAUGUAGCGGAGCUGGCAUCCGUUGUUAUUGUUUGCGCUCAUGUUGUUCCACAAAACUGUGUUGUCAGAUGGAAAAUCUGUGGUAUUAUUAUAGAUAAGGAUUCCGAUAAUAUUCAGAUGAUAACAAAUACGGAUGGACUACACAUUCUCUACAUUCAUGAUGUAACUUUUGAUCAUAGUGGGGAGAUACAAUGUAUAGCAACUGUUCCCAACUAUAAUCUGACCACCACAGUAUCCAGUAUUUUAGCCAUCACACCUCCUCUAUGCAAUGGACGAACAAUUGAAAAGCUAAAAAAAAAGCAACAACCAUAUUUUACGAACAUGUUAGAAAAUUGCAGAGUUUUCACAGGAAGUACGCUGGUACUCGAUGUAAAAUUCAGUGGAUAUCCUGAACCUCAAGUUAUUUGGAUGCGAACGGGUCGCCCUAUUGAGGACACCAAUGCAUCAAUUGCUACUACGCCUGGACAAUCAGUUCUUACUAUUAAUGGUAUUAAUGCAAACCAAAGUGGAAAAUAUGCUGCUUUCAUAAUUAACAAUUAUGGCAGUGAAACUAUGUCCGCUUCUGUAGGCGUCGAAGGUCCUCCAGAUCCGCCUAGUGGAAAACCAAACGUUGUACUGGAUUCUCAAGGAGUUAUUGUGAAUUGGUGUGGACCUCCAUAUGAUGGUGGAUGUAUGAUUUCUGGUUUUUUACUCGAAAUUCAAAUAAUGGAUGGUGCGUGGGAUGUACUGGCAAUUGUAUUUGAUUCCCUUUCUUACUUUGUGAAAAAUUUGACAUCUGAAUCAACAUACAAAUUUCGAAUACGAGCUAAAAAUGCCUAUGGAUAUAGUGAACCUGGUCUACCUAGUGAUGUCGUUACAAUUCCUUCUCAAAAUUCCUUUAGCGAGAAGCAAAAUUGCUAUACAAACUGCGAGGUUAAUCAAAAAGAGCAAUUUUCAGAAGUAUAUGACUCGUUGGAAGAACUUGGUCGAGGAAGAUUCGGCGUGGUUUCCAAAGUGAAGCACCGGAAAACUGGAGAUAUACGUGCAGCUAAACUAGUAAAGUGCAUCAAAUCGAGCGACAGGAAAAAGGUGCAAGAAGAAAUCGCCAUUAUGAGAUCUUUGCAACAUCCUAAGUUACUGCAAUUGAUACAGUGUUUCGAAGGAACUCGUGAAAUUAUCAUGGUAGUAGAAUAUAUAAGUGGUGGAGAACUCUUUGAAAGGGUUGUAGCAGAUGAUUUUACGUUGACCGAAAAGGAUUGUAUCAUGUUCAUGCGUCAAAUAUGCGAAGGCGUAAACUAUAUGCAUAAUUUGUUAGUUGUGCACCUUGAUUUGAAACCUGAAAACAUCAUGUGCAGUACGCGAAAUAGUCAUCAGGUGAAAAUAAUUGAUUUUGGCUUGGCUCAACAAUUGUCCCAGAACACAUCAGUACGAGUGCUGCUAGGAACACCGGAAUUCGUCCCUCCAGAGAUAAUCAACUACGAGCCUAUAGGUUUGCAUUCCGAUAUGUGGAGCAUUGGUGUUAUUUGUUAUGUUUUAUUGUCCGGAUUAUCACCAUUCAUGGGCGAAACUGACGUUGACACGUUCAACAACAUAACUCGAGCGGAAUACGAUUUUGAUGACGAUGCUUUUCACAUUGUGUCAGAAGAAGCUAAAGACUUCAUAUCUGGAUUAUUACUAUAUCGAAAGGAGGAUCGACUCUCGGCUGAACAAUGUCUACAAACCAAGUGGCUGUCCUUAGAUUCUGCUACGCUGGGAAAUUCAAAAAUUUGCACAAACAAACUGAAAAAGUUUAUCGUCAGACGAAAGUGGCAGAAAACUGGAAACGCCAUACGAGCACUUGGGCGCAUGGCCUCAUUGUCUGCCUCACGACGGAAUUCAUCUAGCACUGGAGUGAAGCUAAGCACAAAAAGCUCGGAAUGAAAACAUUAGAAAUAAUUUAGUAUUUACAUAAUUUUAUACUCGAAGCUUAGUGAGCUGUCAAACAUUGCCUUCCAUGACAUAUUAAUCAUGAAAUAUGUUAAAAUAAAAGUAAAAUUAGAAUUUAUUGAAUCCAUAGUGCCUUGCACACACAUAUACAGCCACUAAUAUAUAUAUAAAUAGUAUGUAAGGAAUAAUGCACAUAUAUGUACGUUAAAUGUUGAUUUUGUUCUGAUUUCAUAUUUGUUUUAGUUUGUUGACUUUUAAUAGUUGUUUACGGUCUUUAAAAUCUACUCAUUGUUUCACAAAUUUAAAAUUAGAAAUUUAUAAAAGUAUUAUAAAGCAUUUUCAUACAGUCAGAGGGUAUGAAAAUAAGCGAAAUUUGUUUAAAAUACAUUUGGUUAUGCUAAACAUUAGGAAUCUCUAUAGGAUGGCGUUUUAAAGAAUAAACUAUAUACUUUUGACUAAA